AUGAGAAAAGAGUCGUUUCUCACUUUUUAUUUCUCGAAUCACCUGUAUUUGUGCCCCGCGAUAAUCAGGCUCUCGAGCGUAUGUACACUUGCCAGAACUGAUUAUUAUUUACCAUCAAAUAUAGCAGUGACCUACGACAUACAAAUUUCAUCUCUCGGAUUCACUUACCGAAUUGAUUUUUUUCUUGCACUCUUUUCUGACCCGGCACGGCCUUUUCUUACCGAGAUAAACAGGAAAAUAGGGCAGUAUGCGUGUGUUAUACGUGAGAGAGAGCAAGCGGGUGAGUAUUCGUUUCAUUACAGUUUAUGCAUUAACAUAAACGUAUACAUAUUACACAUACACAUAUACAUAGAUAGAUACAUAUACGCAUAUAUUAAUGCUCAGGUGCAAUAA